GUACGGUGCUGACUGAGGGGGAGGAGAGAGCAGAAGGAACUGGCCAUGGAGCUGUUUCUAUUGUUCCUGACUCUUCCUCUUCUGGGGACCUCAGUCCCUAUGCCCCAAGGACUACGGGGUCUUCUUCCACCACCGUAUCUCUCUCAGAGGGAGAGGGCUGGCAUCGUUGGAGGUGAGGAAGCCCGAAAGAAGGACUGGCCGUGGCAGGUCAGCCUGAGGGAGCAGGAGAAUAUGGAAGGAGAGGUGUUUUGGACACAUAUCUGUGGUGGCUCACUUAUCCAAUCUGAGUGGAUAUUGACUGCAGCGUCCUGCUUUUCCAGUGUGGAAGAGGAACCUUCAAGCUACAGGGUCCAACUGAGGGAACAACAUCUGUACUAUGAAGACAAGUUGCUGUCCCCAUCCAAGAUUGUGGUACACUCCAAUUUCACCUUUGAAAAUGAGGGUGCUAAUAUUGCCCUGCUAAAGCUGAAGGAACCUGUCCAUUUUUCCAGCCAAGUCCAGCCUAUCAAGCUUCCUGCUCCCUCACAGAACUUCUCCAACUCAGAAUGCUGGGUGACUGGCUGGGGGAAUACCAAUAUUAGAGAUGAGCUGCCCCCACCAUUCACCUUGAGGCAAGUGCAGGUCCCUGUUUUGGACCACCGUGACUGUGACCAGCUUUACCACAAGGGUUCUACCACUGAUGGGUCUGUCAGGAUCAUUCUCGAAGACAUGCUAUGUGCUGGCAUAGAAGAUCAGGACAUCUGUAAAGGUGACUAUGGAUCAGCACUUGCCUGUAAGGUGGAAGACUCUUGGAUUCAGGCUGGGGUGGCCAGCUCAUCAGAAACCUGCGGCUUUCAUCCCAAUCGCCCUGGAAUCUACACGGAAGUCUCAAAAUAUUUGGAUUGGAUCCAGGAGAUCAUUCAUUGAGUGAUCUUUUGACUCAGUUUCUCCUCUCUGCCUUCCUAGUAUAAGGCUCUGUAUCUACUGUAAAACCAAUCAAAACUUCCUUGAUUUUUUCCUAUUCUUCCUGACCCAUACUCCCUCCCAAACUCUUCCCUGUUGCUAGUUCCAUGCGUGAUCUCAAGCAAAUCCCUUCCUAGAUGUGGUCCCCAGUUUCCUUCUCUGUAAACUGGGUUGUGGGGGUUUGGGCUCUGACAUUAUAUGCUUUAGGGAGCCCGUUCAACUUGGGCAUAGGGUGAAAGUUGAAUGGGAAUGAUUUGUUGGGGAAAGGAGAGGGGGAAGUUGGUUGGUCU